AUGGAGGAGAAGAAUCGAAGUAUGGAGAAGAAAAUAAGGAAGAAGAAGUUUAGGAAGGAGAAGAAGUUAAGGAAGAAGAAGUUUUGGAUGGAGAAGAAGUUAAGGAUAAAGAAGAACAAUGAAGUUAAGGAAGCAGAAGAAGUUAAGGAGGAUGGAGAAGAAGUUAGGGAAGGAGAAAAAGUUAAGAAUGAAGAACAAGUUAGGGAAGGAGAAGAAGUUUUGGAUGGAGAAGAAGUUAAAGGUAAAGAAGAAAGUAUGGAUGGGGAAGGAGUUUGGGAUGGAGAAGAAAUGAAGGAGGGAGAAAUGAUUAUGGAUGGAGAGGAAGUUAAGGAAGGAGAAGAAAUUAGGGAUGACAAAGAAAGUAAGGAUGGAGAAGAAGUUAUGGACGGAGAAGAUGUUAAGGAAGGAUGGAGAAGAUGUUAA